CGCACCUCGACGCGGGAACAAAUCGAGUAAACUCGGCCGAGACCGGACGAGAAAGAAGAAGCGUCGGGGGAAGGUGGGAAGAAGGAAGCGGCCGCCCAAAGCUAUCCAUCUCUCGUUCUCUCCGCGUCGCCUCCUCCAGCCCUCCUUCUUCUACCCCCUCCCCGUAGCUCAGUCCACCCGCACGCCAGGAAUCCCCUCGCGCUCGUCUCAGCUCAGAUUAAAGCACCGGCGGCAACUCUCUCUAUAUCUCUCUCGAUCUCGACGAAGCUUUUGGAGCUGAUGAGGAAUGAUACGAGUGAUGCCGCGAUGUGCGACGCGGCGGCGGCGAUGGCGGGGCUGGAACCGAGGUACAGAGGGGUGAGGAAGCGGCCGUGGGGGAGGUUCGCGGCGGAGAUCCGGGACCCGGCCAAGCGGGCGCGGGUGUGGCUCGGCACCUUCGCCUCCGCGGAGGCCGCCGCGCGCGCAUACGACGCCGCCGCGCGCGCGCUCCGCGGCCCGCUCGCCAUGACCAACUUCCCCCCCGCCUCCCUCCAUCUCCAUGGCGGCGCCGAGUACGUACGAGCGGCGGCGGCGGGGGCUGGGCCCGCGUGCAGCAGCAGCUCCACGGUCGAGUCCUUCAGCGGCCCUCGAGCGGCGGGGAAAUCGAGGCGGGUGGUGGUGCCGGUGCCGCGUGCGCCGGAGCCGGCCGGGUGCCAGAGCGACUGCGCGUCGUCGGCCUCCGUCGUGGACGACGGCGGCGAGGACGAGGCCGCGUCCGGCGGCGGCGUCCGGCCCCGCGCGCUGCUCGACCUCAACCUCCCGCCGCUGCCGGACCACGAUUUCUGCACGGAGCUCAGGCUCUGACGCGAUCCGCCGGGCUUUCUCUCUUCUGAUUAGAUACUGCACUAGCAGUAAUGCUUGUGUUGUUCAAGAGCGAUUGUACUGCACUAUUCUUUUAGUACGCAACAAGAAUGGCAAUUGAGGGCUAGGAUUUGCGCCAAAUUGUGCAGUUUUCAAGAGCUCGUUUUUGCUCUUUGCACGCCCUCUUGGAUAUACAUCUUCCUGCCCCCAUUCAAGUUUAUGAACCACGAGCGAGAAAUACGAAAGAUAUGGCUUAAAUUUUUCUUGGUGA